AUGGGCAGCUUGACGAUGACCGAACCUCCUGCUACUCUCGGUGACGAGGUUUACGUCAACAUCAUCGACAAGCUCCGAGAGUGCGGUAUUGCUGACCAGGUUUCUCUCCCUCAACUUGUCGUGGUAGGUGACCAAUCAUCUGGCAAGAGCUCCGUGCUCGAGAGCUUGACAGGCUUCGCCUUCCCGCGUGCGGCUGGCCUCUGCACCAGAUACGCGACUCAGAUCACUUCUCGUCGUGACGACUCCGAAGGUAUUGAUGUAUCCAUCAUCCCACACCCAAACUCCAGUGAGAGUCGCGCAGAACAGCUCAGGGGUUUUCGGCGUUCUAUCAACACAGAAGAUCUGGCUCUGGCCGAAGUGUUUGCCGACGCAAACAACGCCAUGGGCAUCCGCGGAGACGGGGAUGAACCUUCUUCGACAGACUUGACAACCUUCUCCGAGGAUAUUCUCAAGAUCGUAAUCAGUGGGCCUACCCAACAACAUCUUACUAUCAUCGAUGUUCCGGGUAUCUUCCGCACCUCCACCGAGAAUCUGACGACAGACAACGACAUACUCCUUGUCAGGAACAUGGUCAUGAAAUACAUCACGGACCAGCGCACCAUCAUUCUUGCCGUUAUUCCUUGCAAUGUUGACAUUGCAACACAAGAAGUCUUGACCAUGGCCAAAGAGGUUGAUCCGGACGGGGUACGCACCUUGGGCGUCCUCACCAAGCCUGAUCUCGCCCCCGAAAAGGCCAUGCAGCAAGCCAUUUGCGACUUGAUCCAGGGCCGGAAAAAUCCACUGCGCUUGGGAUACUACGUUGUGAAGAACCGUGGUUCCGACGAUAUCGGCAGCUCUCACAAGGCCGCUCAGCAGAAGUCGGAGCAGGUCUUCUUCUCUACGCCGCCGUGGGCAGACCUUCAGUCAACUCGCAGAGUCGGCACCACUGCUCUCUUGACAGCGCUAAGGGAUCUCUUACGAAGCGUCACAAAGCAGGAGUUUAAGAAUGUAGCUCUCGAUGUGAAGAACAACCUCGCCAACAGGGAGGCUCGACUCGAAAGGCUCGGUCCGGCCAGAGAUGGUUCGAAUGCCCAGAGGCGGUGCCUUACUCAGAUCAGCACCGCAUUCCAAAGUAUUGCUCAGAGAGGUCGCCAAGGUCUCUACAAUGGAGUGGAGCUCUUUGCUAAUGACCAGUCCCUGAAGCUCAUCAGCCACCUUGUCAAGCUAAAUGAAGCGUUCAGCAAGCAGUGCAAUGACAUUGGGCAUACCCUGGAGUUUCAAGACCAAGACGUCGCAACGGUGGAAGCUUGCAAACGGGCAGAUAAGGAUUCAUCAGAUGAGGAAUCAUCAGAUAAGGAAUCAUCAGAUAAGGAAUCACCAGAUGAGGAAUCACCAGAUGAGGAAUCAGAAGUGAGAGACUCACCUAUGAUGGACAUGUUCCAGGGUCCAUUCAAGGAACUUCGAGAAAUCUUGCAGGAGAAGUUGCCGGUGGCCCCAACCAGCACCCGAUUUACCUUGAUGGAACAAAUUGCGAGGAUCUACGACUCCUCCCGAGGACCCGAACUUGGAACAUUUGGCGGCUCCGCUCUAGCAGAAGCCUUCCGACAUCAGUCGCAGAAAUGGGAGCCUUUGGCUCUGCGUUACACCAGCCAGGCCAUCCGUAUUGUACAUCACUUCAUCGUUGAGCUUUUGAAGGUGGUUUGUCCGGACGAGAGCAUGCGCGGCCAUCUCAUGAGCAUGGUCCUUCAACAGAAGUUGUGCAACUCAUACAAACGCGCAAUGAAGCAUACCCAGUUCAUCCUGGACAUCGAGCGAAACGGCCCGCCCUACACGUUGAAUCACUACUUCAACGAGAAUCUACAGAAAUGUCGCACGGCCAGACUUGCCGCCUCUAUCAGAACACACUCUGUCUUACAGUCCUCAAGUUGGGAUAAGCGAGGCGGUCAAAGUCGCAAGGUGGCCAUCGAUCCCUCGCAGCUGAGUCAGAUCACGACGCACAAGUCAAACUCUUUGCAGGUUCACGAGGAUAUUCAUGACAUUCUGAAGAGCUAUUACAAGGUAGCACGCAAGCGGUUUGUGGACGUGGUGUGCCAACAGAGCAUCUUGUACUACCUCCUUGACGUCGGGGACGGCCCCCUGAACAUCUUCACCCCUGAACUGGUCUCGGAGCUGGAUGACAAGAAGCUGAAUGCAGUUGCUGGCGAGGAUUUUCUCACCCGAAACAAUCGAGACCAGCUAGUGCGCGAGGUCGAUAACUACAAGAAGGCAGCUGCUGUGCUUGAAUUUGGGGGCUAG